AUGAGAGACCAGUUGAAGAGACGUGUCUCUCGGCAUGUCACAGAGGAGGAGCUGCAACGAGACCAAGACACUGGCAAGAAGAUGUGGUUUCUGCACCACUUUGCUGUCACCAAAGACUCAAAGACUACUCCGGUCAGAGUAGUAUACGAUGCGAAAGCAAGGUAUCAGGGCCACUCGCUGAACGAUUAUCUCAUGAAGGGUGAGAAUAUAAACUCUGAUCUGUUUGAGGUUGCUUUGCGGUUCCGAGAAAGCGAAGUGGGUCUCAUCGCUGACAUCAGCAAGAUGUUCCAAGCCAUCAAAAUCAAACCUGACGAUGCCCGCUUCCACAGGUUUGUGUUUCGAGAGAGCCCUGGUCAACCCGUCCAGGUGUAUGAGCUGACGACGGUUACCUUUGGAGACAAGCCGUCUCCAACUGCUGCCAUUGUGACCUUGAGACACGUGGUAGCUGAGCACGCUACGGGUGAUGAGCAGCUGAACAGAGUGGUUGCUGAUCAGUUCUACAUGGACGACUUGAACGAAUCUGUUGUCAAUACUGAAGAAGCUCUGCAGCUUAAGUCAAAGCUCACUGAGACCCUCAAGAGAGGCAACUUUGCCAUAAGGAAAUGGCAAUCAAACGUAGAAGAAGUGUGUGACAAGACAGAAGAUACCAAGGUUGCCACAGCUCUAGGCACUAAGUGGAAUCUUGAGAAGGACACCUUGAAAGUCAAAGCAGUGAAGUCAGCCAAGGACAUCCCAACCAAACGUAACAUCCUUGGACAGACUGCUUCGUACUAUGAUGUCUUCGGCAUGCUGUCGGGACCGACAGAAGAUUCUUCUGCAGAAGCUGUGGCAGUUGAACAUUGA